AUGGAGGAGAAGUGUGGAGUUCAAAGUGAUCCAACAUGUACUGGAGAUUGCAGAAGGGAGACGACGACGAUUCUGCAGCCACCGGAAGCCGAAACUGCCAAAGCGUUGAAGCGCCAGAAAUCCUCAUGGAGACUCGACGUCAAGGAGUUCCAACUGCCCCAGAAAAGAGCCGAUGAUCAUGAUCACGAUCAUACUCCCUCCACUUUCCGACGCCUUCUUCGGAGUAACAGGAAACAAACCAAGGUUUCGGGAUAUUAUAGGAAACAAGAAAAGAUCCUUGAAGGGUUCAAUGAGGUGGAGACCAUGAGUGACACAGGUGGUUUUCCAGGAAGUCUCACAAAGGAUGAAAUGGAGCAGCUUGCCCAGAGUGAGAGGAUGGCAGUUAAUGUGUCGAACAUAGCAAACUUGGUGCUUUUUGCAGCAAAGGUGUUUGCUUCUGUUGAGAGCAGCUCAUUGGCGGUUAUUGCCUCAACCUUGGAUUCUUUCUUGGAUCUCUUGUCAGGGUGUAUUUUAUGGUAUACAUCAUAUGCCAUGAGGAAGCCAAACCACUAUCGCUAUCCAAUUGGAAAGAAUCGGAUGCAACCUGUGGGUAUCAUUGUUUUUGCAUCAGUAAUGGCAACUCUUGGAUUACAAAUAUUGCUCGAAUCUGCUCGACAAAUAAUUGCUAAGUCUCGCCCUGAAAUGGAUCAUCACCAGGAGAAAUGGGUAAUUGGGAUUAUGGUUUCUGUCACGGUGGUGAAGUUUGUGCUCAUGGUUUACUGUCGAAGAUUUGAAAACGAAAUUGUUAGAGCAUAUGCUCAAGAUCAUUUUUUCGAUGUUAUUACCAAUUCAGUCGGUUUAGCAGCAGCUGUCCUAGCUGUCAGAUAUCACUGGUGGAUUGAUCCUGCUGGAGCCAUUAUAAUAGCAUUAUAUACAAUCAAUACAUGGUCGAGGACAGUGAUUGAGAAUGUAUGGUCUCUGAUUGGAAGAACUGCACCACCUGAUUUCUUGGCAAAACUUACAUAUAUGAUAUGGAACCACCAUGAAGAUAUCCAGUAUAUUGACACAGUUAGAGCAUACACCUUUGGCUCUCAGUACUUUGUGGAGGUUGACAUUGUCUUGCCAGAAGAUAUGUAUCUGAACCAGGCACAUAACAUUGGUGAGACACUUCAAGAAAAGCUUGAGCAACUCCCUGAAGUUGAACGAGCCUUUGUGCAUAUAGAUUUUGAGUUUACUCACAGACCAGAACACAAGGCCAGGACUUGAGGGCAAUGAAUUGCUGGUGCUAGCAAUGACCAUAUUUCGGGUUAUCACAGUACCAGAGCCUCAAAAGCCUUUUACUGAUUUUCUUUUGUUUACACGUUAUGUUAAUAUCUUUUUUGUAUUAAAUACCAUACGACUGUACUAUUGCUAUAUUACAUCUACACUUUGUA